GGUACCCCCUGAUCUGCGAGAUUUAGCCAGAGUUGGGCUGCCGGCCUCAGUCCCUCGGCGGUCCCUGGCGGCGAUGGAGGGCGCCCAGGAGAGUCCCGCGGAGUCGAGCCCCCCCGCCCCCGGGUCUGAGGAGCCCGCCGGCUCGGGCAGGAGCCCCGAGGUGUUGCCUCCCGAGGAGGCGGAGGCCUGCGCCCGGCCCCUGGAGAUGGCCCCCAAGAAACUUUGUGGAUAUUUGAGUAAGUUUGGGGGCAAAGGGCCCAUCCGGGGCUGGAAAUCCCGCUGGUUCUUCUACGACGAGAGGAAAUGUCACCUGUAUUACUCGCGGACCGCGCAGGAUGCCAAUCCCCUGGACAGCAUCGACCUCUCUAGUGCGGUCUUUGACUGCAAGGCGGACGCCGAGGAGGGGACUUUCGAAAUCAAGACUCCCAGCCGGAUUUUCACCCUGAAGGCUGCCACCAAGCAAGUGAUGCUGUACUGGCUGCAGCAGCUGCAGAUGAAGCGCUGGGAGUUCCACAACAGCCCGCCUGCGCCUCCCGCCGCCCCUGACGCUGCCUCGGCUGGGCAUGGGCCUGCCCUGCGCCUCGAGCUAGAGCAAGAAGAGGCGGAGCUGGAGGAGUUCCUGUGCCCCGUGAAAACGCCCCCUGGGCUCGUGGGCGUAGCAGCUGCCCUGCAGCCGGUCCCUGCCAUGCCCUCGGCCCUUCAGAACAUUUCCCUCAAGCACCUAGGAACUGAGAUACAAAACACGAUGUACAACAUCCGGGGCAACAGGCAGGGCCCGGGAGCAGGCCACGGACCUCCAGGGGGAGAUUCUCCACCAAGCGGGGAGCCUCGGAGGGAGGAGCAGGCCUCGCCCGCUGACCCCAGCGCCCCAGGUGAAGAUCCAGCAGAUUCUCCAAAGCCCACCCCCAAGUCCUCUCUGACCAGCAAUCUCAUUCAGAAAGCCAAGCGCCAGAACAACACCUUCCCGCUCUUCGGCGAAGGACUGGCGUGGAGCCGGACUGGCCAGGAGAAAGUGUCAGCCUUGGAGCAGCAGGUUCUGGCCCUCACGGAGGAGCUGAAGUCUCAGAAGGAGCUGGUGAAGAUCCUGCACAAGGCGCUGGAGGCCGCGCAGCAGGAGAAGAGGGCGUCCAGCGCGUACCUGGCCGCGGCCGAGGACAAGGACCGGCUGGAGCUGGUGCGGCACAAGGUGCGGCAGAUCGCGGAGCUGGGCCGGCGCGUGGAGGCCCUGGAGCGGGAGCGGGAGAGCCUGGCGCAGACGGCGGGCCUGCGCGAGCAGCAGGUGCAGGAGCUGCAGCAGCACGUGCAGCUGCUCCUGGACAAGAACCAGGCCAAACAGCAGGUCAUCUGCAAGCUCUCGGAGAAGGUCACCCGGGACUUCAUGCAGCCCCGGAAACAGCCCCCCGGCCCUCCAGAUGCUGCCGACAGGGACUUCCUGAGCCAGCAGGAGAAGAUGGAGCACCUGAAGGACGACAUGGAAGCAUACCGGACCCAGAACCGCUUUCUCAACUCUGAGAUCCACCAGGUCACAAAGAUCUGGAGAAAGGUGGCGGAGAAGGAGAGGGCCCUCCUGAUGAAGUGUGCCUACCUCCAAGCCAGGAACUGCCAAGUGGAAAGCAAGUACCUGGCGGGGCUGCGGAGGCUGCAGGAGGCCGUGGGGGACGAGGCGAGCGAGUGCGCAAAGCUGCUGAGGCAGCUCACCCAGGAGGCGCUGCAGUGGGAAGCCAGCGAGGCCUCGGCGGACAGCGUCGUGCUGAGCCCCAUCAGUGAGUAUGACGAGUAUGGCUUCCUGACGGUGCCCAACUACGAGGUGGAAGACCUGAAGCUGCUGGCCAAGAUCCAGGCGCUGGAGGUGCGCUCCCACCACCUGCUGGCCCACGAGGCCGUGGAGCGGCCGCUGCGGGAGCGCUGGGCCGCCCUGGGCGAGCUGGCGCCCUCGGCCGAGCUCAAGCAGCUGCUGCGGGAGGGCGUGCCCCGCGAGCACCGGCCGCGGGUCUGGAGGUGGCUGGUGCACCUCCGCGUCCAGCACCUGCAGGCCCCCGGCCGCUACCAGGAGCUGCUGAGCUGGGGCCAGGCCCGCGAGCACCCUGCCGCCCGCCAGAUCGAGCUGGACCUGAACCGGACCUUCCCCAACAACAAGCAUUUCACCUGCCCCACCUCCACCUUCCCCGAGAAGCUCCGCCGGGUGCUGCUGGCCUUCUCUUGGCAGAACCCCUCCAUCGGCUACUGCCAGGGCCUGAACAGGCUGGCGGCCAUCGCUCUGCUGGUCCUGGAUGAGGAGGAGAGUGCCUUCUGGUGCCUGGUGGCCAUCGUGGAGUCCAUCAUGCCGGCUGAUUACUACAGCAAGACGCUGACGUCGUCCCAGGUGGACCAGCGGGUGCUCCAGGACCUCCUCUCGGAGAAGCUGCCCAGGCUGAUGGCCCACCUGGGGCAGCACCGCGUGGACCUCUCCUUCGUCACCUUCAACUGGUUCCUCGUGGUCUUCGCAGACAGUCUCAUCAGCAACAUCCUCCUCCAGGUCUGGGACGCCUUCCUGUAUGAGGGCACCAAGGUGGUGUUCCGCUACGCCCUGGCCAUUUUCAAGUACAAUGAGGAGGAGAUCCUGCGGCUGCAGGAUGCCCUGGAGAUCUACCAGUACCUGCACUUCUUCACCAAGACCAUUUGCAACAGCCAGAAGCUGAUGAGCAUCGCCUUCAACGACAUGAACCCGUUUCCCAUGAAGCAGCUGCGGCAGCUGCGGGCCGCCCACCGGGAGCGGCUGGAGGCGGAGCUGCGGGAGCUGGAGCGCCUGAAGGCGGAGUACCUGGAGACCCGGGCGUCCCAGCGCCCCCUGGUGCCCGAGGGCUGCACCAGCGAGGACGAGGCGGACGGGGACGCCUGA